AGCAGGUGUGCCUUGGUCUUCGCCAGGAUGUCUCUGCAGGCUGAUUUUGACAAGGCCACCAAAGACGUGAGGAAGCUGAAGGCGAGACCCAGCGAUGAAGAACUGAAAGCACUCUAUGGGCUGUACAAGCAAGCCAUCAUUGGCGACGUGAAUAUUGCCUGUCCAGCAAUGUUAGACUUAAAAGGCAAGGCCAAGUGGGAAGCAUGGAGCCUCCAAAAAGGAUUGUCGAAGGAUGAUGCCAUGAGUGCCUACAUUUCUAAAGCUAAUGAGCUGAUUGAAAAAUACGGGGUUUAGAAUUCAGCAGGUGAGAAAUUUUUCCUCCUGGAGCCUUCGUGGCGAAGGUAACAUAACUUAACAUUGAGUGUGGAAAAUGUGCUGUUAACCCCAUGUAUCAGGUUUACUUUCACUAUUAGCAUGAUAUACAAU